AAUUCUUGGAGAAAUGCAUUUUGCAAGACAUAAGAUCUCAUCAUCAAUAGGCCAAAUACGCUUGUCACAAAAUUCAAGCACAUUAUGUCUAAUGAGAAAAUGGAGUACAAAGAGUUCCCCAGAUUUGCCAGACUACAAUACAGAUAUAAAUGUACAUGAGCACAAAUUAAACAGACCAGUUGCCAAGCCAGCAUCAUCAGGCCCAGGCCAUGAUAAGGAUAAAUGGAAAGGCCUGUUAGAUUUGAAAGCCAGAACAAAGACUUCACUUAUCCCAGAUACAUUAAAAGAAAUGGAUGAAAAUGAAGAGUUCAAGAUUACAGCAGCUGAACUGAAAAGAUUAGGGCAAAAGAAACUAACUAGGGAGGAAAGGAAGAAAAGGCAAAGAGCUUUAGAUUAUAUUGGAAUACCCGAUUUCCUGGAAUUUUGGAAAGAAAAAAAGUUAGAGCAAGGAAUAGAGGUACAAGACAAGAUUCUGAGGAAGAAUACAGUAGAGUUGAUGCAAGUGAAUAUAGGGCUGUACUGUAAUCAGGCGUGUAACCAUUGUCAUGUUGAAUCUUCACCAAGGAGGAAGGAAAUGAUGAAUAAGCAGACAGCGGAAAGAUGUAUUCAUGUGCUGAAAAAUAGUCCCAAUGUUCACACCCUUGAUAUCACAGGUGGAGCACCGGAACUGAAUGAUGAAUUCCGACAUCUCGCUGUUGCCGGAAGGCAGCUUAACAAAUCUGUGAUAGUUAGGAGCAAUCUAACCUCAUUGCUAGAACCAGGUCAGGAGGAUACAGUUCAAUUCUUUGCUGACAAUGAACUGCAUGUUGCAGCAUCUCUGCCGUGUUAUAGUGCUAAGAAUGUAAACACCCAGCGAGGUAGUGGAGUGUUUGACAGAAGUAUACACGCAUUGCUCAUGUUAAAUGAGGCUGGCUACGGGAAGCCUGGAACAGGACUGCAUCUAGAUCUUGUCUAUAAUCCACUAGGUGCAUUUUUACCUCCACCACAACAGGCUCUGGAAGACAAAUACAAGGAAGAGUUGCAAUCAGUGUUUGGAAUAUGUUUCAACAGAUUGUUUACAGUCACCAAUAUGCCUAUAAAAAGAUUUGCUGACUUUUUAUACAGAAGAAAUGAGUUAAAUGACUACAUGGAACUGUUGGUACGGAACUAUAACCUGGAUACUGUCGACAGUUCAAUGUGUCGUAACCACUUGAGCGUGAACUGGAACGGAGAUUUGUACGAUUGUGACUUUAAUCAGCAGUUGGACCUAAGGAUAGCAGAUUCAGGUAAGAGAACUAUAUAUGACAUAGAAUCGUGUUCUGACUUAGAGGGAGCAGAAAUUACCGUGGAUAACCACUGCUAUGGUUGUACUGCGGGAAUGGGGUCCAGCUGACAGGGAACCACUGUCUAAUUGAUGCUGGGAAGCACUGGCUCAUAGACAUUCAACGGAUGUUUAAUUGAUGCCGGGAACCACUGCCUCUUAGACAUGCAAAGGAUGUUUAAUUGAUGCUGGGUACCACUGGCUCUUAGACAUGCAAAGGAUGUUUAAUUGAUGCCGGGAACCACUGCCUCUUAGACAUGCAAAGGAUGUUUUAAUUGAUGCCGGGAACCACUGCCUCUUAGACAUGCAAAGGAUGUUUUAAUUGAUGCCGGGAACCACUGGCUCUUAGACAUGCAAAGGAUGUUUAAUUGAUGCCGGGAACCACUGGCUCUUAGACAUGCAAAGGAUGUUUAAUUGAUGCCGGGUACCACUGGCUCUUAGACAUGCAAAGGAUGUUUAAUUGAUGCCGGGAACCACUGGCUCUUAGACAUGCAAAGGAUGUUUAAUUGAUGCCGGGUACCACUUGCUGUAUUGAUGCAUAGUGAGGAUUUAGUAAUUAGGCUUUUUAUCUUAUAUUUUUUCUUGCAUAUUUUUACGUUACGCACCAAAAUAAGUUAUAGCUUUUUCAUUGAAAUUUGUGGACAGAGUUAUAUAAGUUGGAUUUUCCACAAAUAUUGAAAAUUCACUCUUAAAACAGCCUUAAGCUUAUAUAUCCAGAAGUUUUCCAUAUAUAGGCAAAAUGAUUCAUUAUUCACUAUAUGGGGCUUCCACUUUGCAAGGCUCUUUCCUUUGCAAGACAUUUCUUUCAUACUACAUGUAGGUCAUGGCUGGUAUACUGGUUUAUUCAGAUACAUUUUUUGUUACCUUUUAGUGUAUGAAAAAAUGCAUGGAGAGGCACCUGGUGUCUCUCUCUACUAACAAAGCUUUAAAAAAGUCCAUAUGACCUGUAUAGUGUAAGUGGGACUUAAAACCCAACCCCAAAAAGUUAAUGAAAAAAAAUAAUCAAACAAACUGAGUAUGUUGUACAACAUUGAUCAUUAAAAAUGAGAAUUGCUUCUGAAGAUAAAAACACAAAAUGAUGCUAGCCAAACAACUGAAAAUUACUUUAAAAGAUGUUAUCUUUCUAGUUCAUUUUUUGAAAAAAAAGAAGAAAUCCUGUUUUGUCUCGAUUUUGUUGCUAGUCUGUUAGCUAAGUCAAAUUUGAUUGCUUUUUUAUUUGUAAUACAUGUAGAAUACAUAUUGUUGCUUGUCUCAUGUUUAAAACAACAGCAAUAACAACAGUAAUUUAACUUUUUAUAUUGUUUUACAUAACAAUAUAUUUACUGUGAAAAAGGCAUUAUUAGAUGGGCGCUACUGUUUUUGUUAGAUUUAUUGUUAUUCUGUUUCAGUUAUUCAGUUUCAAAUAUUCAGUUAUAGUCUUUUAAGUUUCAAUUUAUUUAGUUUCAGU